AUGACUUUCAAAGAACUUGGGGUGACUGCAGAUAGGCAAUUGGUGAACGAAAUAAAGGAAGCAAAAGUAGAUGUAAGGGACAGCCAAGAAGAAUUUAAGAUACAAAGGGUUCCGAAAAUCAUGGUACGAAAUGAAGAUUAUCUCGAAGAGUAUUUUAAGCCAAGGGAGUUGUCGAUCGGACCUAUUCAUUCUGCUGAUUCUAGUUUGUUCAAGAAGGAACUCAAGCUUAAAUUGGCAGAAUAUUUCAUUACAGAAACCCACAAUACAGCGGAUGGGUUACUCAUAUUCUUUAAGGCAGGGUUCAAGGACAUAAAGAAGCACUUCGACAAGGAUAUAAUUAUGUCAUGUACCGACGAUGAGUUAAUCAGGUUGGUGUUCUUGGAUGGUUGUGCAAUGCUAGGGUUCAUACAUAGCUAUUUGUUUCAGGGAUUAAAUAAGUUUCACAUUAGUAAUCGUCAAGCAGAAUUGAUCCGACAGGAUUUACUUUUGAUGGAGAACCAAGUACCCUUUACGGUGCUUCAUGCGUUGACGCGCUACGCUAGUUGUGUGACAAAGUAUGAAUGGCUUAUUCCUCAGUUUGUUCAUGAGAAUAGUAUUAUUCCAAAGGAUCUUUUGUACGUGAUACUUGAUCACAAAGACAGCCUUUUUGGGAAGGGUAAUGGUACCAAACGGCCGGAUCACAUUCUCGACCUUUACCGAAGAAUUCUCUUAACUAUUCCUCAUGAUUCUCAUAAUUGCUUUGAUACUCUCCUAAGUUUCUUUGAUUCCACCUUCCGAUACGUUUUCUCUCGUUUGAGAGUGCUUAUCGGAUACGUUCUCGCUUGUUUGGGAGUGAUGGAGCGCUUUGAUACACCAACCGAUGACUCUAAAUAUAUGAUUAGCAGAAUGCACUCUUUUCGCAACAUUCAGGAACUUAAAACAGCAGGUAUAAAGUUAAAGCCAACUUAUUCUUUAAGAAGAAUAUUUUUCCAUUCCCGAUUCUUUAUUGCCGGUCAACUUUCGAUUCCCGCAUUAGUCGUUGAUGACUCCACGGAACGCAUGUUGUUGAAUUUGGUCGCCUAUGAGAUGUGCUUGAAUAAAGAACAACAAGCCACAGAUUCUUGGGUUACUUCGUAUGUAAACUUGCUAGAUGUGCUCAUUGAUAAUGAACAAGACGUUAAGGACCUAAGAGCAGCAGGCAUUCUUCAGAAUCAUCUCAGUAGCGAUAAUGAAGUAGCUCAAUUGAUCAACAGAGUGGGCUCUAAUUGCUUUGCACCAUCUAAAGACACUUACGAGCAUGUCAGGGAAAAAAUAGAAAAGCAUUAUAGAAGAAAGUGCGCGAUCUGGAUGGCUCAAGUUUGCCAAUCCAAUUUCAGCAGCCCAUGGACUAUCCUGGCUCUUUUUGCUGCUACAGCAGUACUUGGAUUAACUGCUGUUCAAACUUAUUACGCAGUCAAUCCAAAAAAUUAAGAGAUUGGGUCGAAUAUACAAC